AUGGCGACCAACAGUGAUACGAACAGUGAGCGAUCUAUUAAACUCGAGACUGAGGUAGAACAUCCACGGCUGUUGCAACUAUCCAACCAAUUCAGGUCCAUAUCUGCAGAUAUCAAGAUAUGGACAUUCUUAGAGACAGUCGACUCUACACUUACCGUCGCGGAUUCGGGUACUGUAAGUUGUGUGGAAAUGCAUGUCCCAAUUACUUCUAUUCGGUCGGGGGUACUAGAUCUGGAGCACGAAAAGGUGAUCCCGUUAGCUACGGAUCACGUUGGUGUAGCAUCCUUCAAAGGACAAGAACUCACAACCAGAAAAAGCUUUAUUAAAGAGCUUCAGCCGAUCAUCACCAUGGCUGCGCAGCUUUCCAAGUUACCAGAUGCUCCGUUGCGCGUUAGUCGAGAGGUUAUGGUGCAAGUUAAUGGCUUCUUCGAAGACACGGCGCGGGGAGUCAGCGAUGAAACGCCUCUCAAGCUCUGGUCGACGAAAACAUCGCUACGGGAGUACCUAAAAGACGGUCCUGCAAUCUGUCUCACGGAUCGACUGAAACAGACCGGUAGAGUAUCGUCCGGCUCAAUCGAUGACUCCUCGAUAAGUGAUUUUGAUAGCAGACCAUCCUCUGCCGCUAUGGCAGAUACACCGUUUGCUAUACGGGAUGGGGUAUUGGAGGAGGCUAGCACCAUCCAGCCUCAGACAAUCCCAUCAAGGCCAUCAAUUAGAAGAAGUCGCAGUUUUGUAGCCCCGGCCUCCCCUAGGAUUCACGUCACGGAGGCCGCUGCGGACAGUUAUAUUGAUGUACCACAAGAAGAAGCAACGUCGGACAUUCAGAGUGAUACUGUCUCUAGUGAAGACCUAGGACAUAGAGACAGCGUAACUGAUGAAAGGAAAGAGACCACUGCUGGGAGUUCCAGUCCCAGCAACCAGGCACAGCCCAAUGUAUUCUUCAACAAGUUCAUCAAUGAUAAAAACUGGUUCUCGCAAAUUAUCAGAGCCCGCCACCUAGAGCCUCAUGCGCGUUUUGUCCGUCCCACGUGUAUUCAUUCCAGGCUGGGUGAUUCUUUGCCAAUGAAUUCACCAGAGGAGCCUCGUGAUCCUCAGUUAGCCUUAUACCUUCAUUGGGACACAUAUUGGAAUCUCCUUCAACGAAGAAAAGUUAUCGAAAAGCGGCUACAACAGGGAAGAUCCAAGCCAGUCCCUGAGUAUAUCUCAGAGUCACAUAUAGAAUCGAGAUUGAUAUGGAAGUUCUUGGGUGCCGAGCCCCCUAUUCAUAUACGACGAACAUUGGACCAGUAUGGGUAUCCAAAUCUGCGGUCAACGGUAGCACGAGACGACGAUCAGAUGCUAUGGAAGCGGACUAGAAAAGUCGUCGAUCUUAACGAGAUUGGUAGCUCAAUCCCUCUGCAAGACAACCCUGACUCUUCCAAGACGUUCAUCGACGGAAAGGUUCUCAUGGUUGAUCAGCUCUGGCUCUGGGUCGUAGAUGAGAAAACCGUCGUUACCUUUUUCCCUAAACAGGAGGCAGCAACUGCUGAAGAUAAGCUAUACGAACAGGCGAAUCUGCAUAGCAGCAUUUACAACGAGUUAAACGGAGACCUAGCAAGACGCUUUGAAACAGCCGGGGAUCUCGCUGCAUUGAUAGUCUUGCAUGCAGUCACGAUUCUUCUGGACAGGACGCUGGACCAUGAUCUACAGAUACUGCGGAUCUUUGAGGAAUCCAUUAGCAUCCUGACUGAAUCAACCACUAAAUCAUUCAAACGCUUCCGCACCCGAGGAUUCAUCGCCAGACCAGCCGAUUACAACAGGACGCUAGAGGGCAGGACAAUGACCGCAUCAGAACGUGAUGAAAGAGACCGUCGAGUAGCCCAUCAAAAUCGCGAAGAUCUCUCUACACUAUUAGAACUAAGAGACAUAAUAGACGAACUAGGGACCAUACUAAAACUACUCGAACAGCAAACCGCCACCAUCAAAUUAAUGGCGCAAUAUUUCGAAGACAAAGGAUAUGGAAAAAUCUUUAUAGAAUCUGCUCUUUCCCGACUCGAAGACUACCGCACCCAGGUCACAGACAUGCGCGAGAACGCACAUCUAGCACAGAAAGCUGUCGAAAACCUCCUCGACCUCAAGCAAAAGCAAGCAAACGUUGACGAGUCCCGUAUAACACGCUGGCAGGCAGAAGUAGCCCAAAACCAAUCGCAGUCCGUAAUGGUAUUUACGAUCUUCACCGUCAUCUUUCUCCCCCUCUCAUUCUUUACCUCCCUAUUCGGCGUGAAUGUCCGCGAAUGGAGCGGUGAAGAAACAAACCCCGACUGGGCGUACAUGCUGGCAAUAUCAGGCCCAACAUCCGCCGCAAUAAUCCUCAUCGCCCUCUCCAUGGCCUUCAGUGAGCGUCUGCGCGAUAGCGUCGUAAAAGCCCACAUAAUCGGCGUCGGUAUAAUCACAGAUUUCCUCUUGAUCCCCGUCAAAGGCGUAUUCAAAUUAGGGACCGCGGCGUCCCCGGCAAAGCCGACUCCAGGGCAAUCGGAAAGUACCUCGCGUCUUGACAGGUAUUUGGGGAAUAGACGGUAUAACAAACAGUUUGAGGAUGAUAUUUGGAAACGACAUGAGGAUCGGGUGAUUUCCCCGUUACCGGCGGUUCAUGUUUCUGAUAUGGAGGGGAUGAUGGGGUUUGAUGUUUCUGAGAAGGGGGGUAGAUGGCACCAGAGUGUUAAUGGGGCGUAG